AAGUGUCCGGACUGGAAGGGGGUGAAAGUGUCCGGACUGGAAGGGGGUGAAAGCGUCCGGACUGGAAGGGGGGGGAAAGCGUCCGGACUGGAAGGGGGGGAAAGUGUCCGGACUGGAAGGGGUGUGAAAGUGUCCGGACUGGAAGGGGGGGAAAGUGUCCGGACUGGAAGGGGGGGAAAGUGUCCGGAC